GGUAAAAGCUGGUUUGGCUUAAAGUCACGUCACAAAGGCACACCUUCUCUUCCUUUUCUCUCACUCGUAAGCUCUGUUUUUUCCCUCUUUCUCUUAAACUUUAACGCUCUUCUUCCUCUGUCCCUCAUUACAGUUGCUAUUUUUUUUACGCAAGUUUUCUUUUUUCUCUAAACCCAAAACUUCUGAGAAGCAAUGGGCAAGGCGUCAAAGUGGUUUCGCGGGCUUCUCGGUCUCAAAAAAACAGACCAUCAUAGCUCCCCACCCGCCAAGCCACCCAAAGAGAAACGCCGAUGGAGCUUCGUUAAAUCAAACACAGAAAAGGACAACAACGCUGCUGCCACGUGUCCACCACAACGAAACGACGGCGGCAAGCACGCCAUGGCAGUCGCAGCAGCCACUGCUGCGGUGGCGGAAGCGGCCGUGGCUGCCGCCGAAGCUGCCGCCGUUGUUGUCAGACUAACGAGCAACAGUGGCAGAUGUGCCGACGUGGGACCCACAAGGAUUCGCCAACACUGGGCCGCCGUUAAGAUCCAAGCCGCUUUUCGAGGCUGUUUGGCAAGGAGAGCACUGAGAGCAUUAAAAGGGUUGGUGAAACUUCAAGCAUUAGUGAGAGGUCACAUUGAGAGGAAGCGUACAGCGCAGUGGCUGAAAAGAGUGCAAGCACUCUUGCAUACACAGACACAAGUCUCUGCAGGGUUGGCUCUCCAUGCCUCACCUUCAAGUGCAAAGUUAUCUAGCCACUUCCAUGGUCCGGAAACACCAGAAAAAUUUGAAAGCCCCAUCAGCUCUAAGAGCAUGAAAUAUGAGCAAUCACCUGUAUUCAAGCGAAAUGGCUCCAAAUCCUGUGUCCAGAUCAAUGGCUAUCAAGAGAUAUGUGGUAAUAGAUUGGAGAAUCAAGUAACUGAACAACCAUGGAGCUCGGCAAGAUCAUUGAUAAGAACAUAUAGUUCCAAUGAUGAAAGAAAUGACAGGGUUCUUGAAGUUGAUUCUGGAAAACCACACUUUACAAAGCGUAGAAACCUCUCUUACUCCACAGUUUCUGAUCAUUAUAGCAAGAGUUUGAACAGCACAAAGGAGUCAACAUCUCUUCAAUCUGGUCAAAGUCCAUGUGGUGAAGUUCAGUCCUACAGUUACAGCUCACAAAAAGUCAACGAGAUUGAGGAUAGUCCAUUCUGCACUGCUGACAACAGUCCACAAUUCUUAUCAGCCACUUCCAAAGAUGAUGGCUUCAAAAGAAGCCCUUUUACUCCCACAAGGAGUGAUGGCUCUAGAAGCUACAUUCGUGGUUAUGCUGACUACCCAAGUUACAUGGCAUGCACUGCGUCUUCAAAAGCAAAGGUCAGAUCUUUGAGUGCCCCAAAACAAAGGCCAAAUUGUGAGAGGCCUGGUUCAUCAAAUAGAUACUCUCUUAAUGGAUUUGACAUGUCAAGAUUGGCCACACAAAGGGCAAUGCAAGCAAGCUUCACCAACAAGGCAUAUCCAGGUUCUGGUCGUUUGGACAAACUUGGUAUGCCUGUGGGGUACAGAUACUAAGUUGUGUUAAUGUUUAAGGUUACGUGUCUUCUUUUUUCAUAGUCUUAACAUCUGAUUUUGCUAACUUCUUGUACUUUGGGCUUCCAUUGCAGUUUUAAGUGUUAGCAUUAGAAAUCUAUUUCGAAAUUUCAGUGCAUGCUGCUGCUAAGUGUCUUGGAUGGACCGUUCAAAGGAAUUAUUAUCUUAGCCUUUCAGUUUUACCUUCCA